AUGAACCAAAGCCCGGCCGCGUUCGGGCCCCGGAGGGGCGGCUCUCCCGCCGUGGCGGCCCGGGCUGGCGCGCGGCGCAACGAGAGCCAAGACUACCUGCUCAUGGACUCGGAGCUGGGAGACGACGUGCAGCCCCCGCUGCCUGCCUACGGCUACUACCCCUGCCUCCGGGGCACCGACAACAGACUGACCCACCGGCGGCAGACAGUUCUCCGUGAGAAGGGGAGACGGUUAGCUAACCGAGGACCAGCGUACAUGUUUAAUGACCACUCAACAAGCCUGUCUAUUGAGGAGGAACGCUUUUUAGAUGCAGCUGAGUAUGGCAAUAUCCCAGUGGUAAGGAAGAUGUUGGAAGAAUGCCUCUCACUCAACGUCAACUGUGUGGAUUACAUGGGCCAGAAUGCCCUGCAGCUAGCAGUGGCUAAUGAGCAUCUGGAAAUUACAGAACUUCUUCUCAAGAAAGAAAAUCUCUCUCGUGUUGGGGAUGCCUUGCUUUUAGCUAUUAGUAAAGGUUAUGUUCGGAUUGUGGAAGCCAUUCUCAGUCACCCAGCUUUUGCUGAAGGCAAGCGGUUAGCAACCAGCCCGAGUCAGUCUGAACUCCAACAAGAUGAUUUUUAUGCAUAUGAUGAAGACGGGACACGGUUCUCCCAUGAUGUGACCCCAAUCAUUCUGGCCGCCCACUGCCAGGAAUAUGAAAUUGUGCACACCCUCUUGCGGAAGGGUGCUCGGAUCGAACGGCCUCAUGACUAUUUCUGCAAGUGCAGUGAAUGCAACCAGAAACAGAAGCAUGACUCCUUCAGCCACUCCAGAUCUAGAAUUAAUGCCUACAAAGGCCUGGCGAGCCCAGCUUACCUGUCAUUGUCUAGCGAAGAUCCAGUCAUGACAGCUUUAGAGCUUAGCAAUGAGCUGGCAGUGCUGGCCAACAUAGAGAAGGAGUUCAAGAAUGACUACAAAAAACUGUCGAUGCAGUGCAAAGAUUUCGUUGUUGGACUCCUUGAUCUGUGCAGAAAUACUGAAGAAGUGGAAGCCAUUCUGAAUGGGGAUGUUGAAAUACGCCACAGUGGUGGAGAUCAUGGUCGUCCUAACCUCAGCCGUUUAAAACUUGCCAUUAAGUAUGAUGUAAAAAAAUUUGUAGCCCACCCGAACUGCCAACAGCAGCUCCUGUCCAUUUGGUACGAGAACCUGUCCGGCCUGCGGCAGCAGACCGUGGCGGUCAAGUUCCUGGUGGUCCUCGCCGUGGCCGCGGGCCUGCCCUUCCUGGCCCUGCUUUACUGGUUCGCCCCCUGCAGCAAGAUGGGGAAGAUAAUGCGUGGACCGUUCAUGAAGUUUGUAGCACACGCAGCCUCCUUCACCAUUUUCCUGGGACUGCUAGUCAUGAAUGCAGCUGACAGAUUCGAAGGCACCAAAAUCCUUCCUAAUGAAACCAGCACAGAUCAUGCAAAACAGCUGUUCAGGAUGAAAACAUCCUGCUUCUCAUGGAUGGAGAUGCUCAUUAUUUCCUGGGUAAUAGGCAUGAUAUGGGCUGAAUGUAAAGAAAUUUGGACUCAAGGCCCCAAGGAGUACUUGUUUGAACUGUGGAAUAUGCUUGACUUUGGAAUGCUGGCAAUCUUUGCAGCAUCAUUCAUUGCAAGAUUCAUGGCGUUCUGGCAUGCUUCCAAAGCCCAGAGCAUCAUUGAUGCAAAUGAUACUUUAAAGGAUUUGACAAAAGUCACACUGGGAGACAAUGUGAAAUACUACAAUUUGGCCAGGAUAAAGUGGGACCCCUCUGAUCCUCAAAUUAUAUCUGAAGGUCUUUAUGCAAUUGCUGUAGUUUUAAGUUUCUCCAGAAUAGCCUACAUUUUACCAGCAAAUGAAAGCUUUGGACCUCUGCAGAUAUCACUUGGAAGAACAGUAAAAGAUAUCUUCAAGUUCAUGGUCAUAUUCAUCAUGGUGUUUGUGGCCUUUAUGAUUGGAAUGUUCAACCUCUAUUCCUACUACAUUGGUGCAAAGCAAAACGAAGCCUUCACAACAGUGGAAGAGAGUUUUAAGACACUGUUUUGGGCUAUAUUUGGACUUUCUGAAGUGAAAUCAGUGGUCAUCAACUAUAAUCACAAAUUCAUUGAAAACAUCGGUUAUGUUCUUUAUGGAGUCUAUAAUGUUACGAUGGUCAUUGUUUUGCUAAAUAUGUUAAUUGCAAUGAUCAACAGUUCAUUCCAGGAAAUUGAGGAUGAUGCUGAUGUGGAAUGGAAAUUUGCAAGGGCCAAACUUUGGUUUUCUUACUUUGAGGAGGGAAGAACUCUUCCUGUUCCCUUCAACCUGGUGCCAAGUCCAAAGUCCCUGUUUUAUCUUUUAUUGAGGCUUAAAAAAUGGAUUUCUGAAUUGUUCCAGGGCCAUAAAAAAGGCUUCCAGGAGCAGGAGGAUGCAGAAAUGAACAAGUUUGCACAUAGUAAACAAUCAAGUAUAAGGAGCUCAGAAGAUUUCCAGUUAAACAGUUUCACUAAUCCUCCAAGACAAUAUCAGAAAAUAAUGAAGAGGCUCAUUAAAAGAUAUGUAUUACAAGCCCAGAUAGACAAGGAGAGUGACGAAGUGAACGAAGGGGAACUGAAAGAAAUUAAACAAGACAUCUCAAGCCUCCGCUAUGAACUUCUUGAAGAAAAAACUCAGAAUUCAGAAGACCUGGCAGAACUUAUUAGAAAACUUGGGGAGAAAUUAUCAAUGGAGUCAAAUCAAGAGGAAAGCAAUAGAUAA